CUUCAAAAAGUUUUCAUUUCAACAGCGACGGAGCAACAAAUUUCAAGAUGCCCAAGGCCGGAUAUGAGAGACCAGCAAUGGCAGAAAGACGUGAGGAAGAGGAGCAGCCGGACUCGGAGGCGGCACAGAUGGAGAGUCCUGAGAGUGUUGAUUUUGUAACCUCACAAGAACAGACACGGGAAGAGGACCCACCAAGAAAAAGGACCGGCAAGAAGAAGACACCGAAUUACAGUUGGACGGCUGAGGGAAGCAAGAAGCUUGCUGAAUUUGUGAUGCAGCACCCCCAGUUGUACAAGAGGCAGAGAGACUGGCUAAAUCUGCCCGGAAAGACCAGACUGUGGGCAGCAGCUGGGGCGGAACAGGACCCACCUGCCACUGGUGCCCAGUGCAAAAAGCACUACGAAAGUAUGCGGGCCAAGGUGGGGAAAAUCAUGAAGGGGGAACAAAAAAGUGAUUCAGGGCAAACUCAAAAGAGUGUGAGGGAUGAGGAUAGUAUGUCUACAUGGAUGUUCCUCAACCAACACAUAGUUCGUGGGAACACCUAUCCCAGUGAGGAGUUUGCCAGUACAAACACAGCACCCACUGGAGACCCAGAAGAGGAGGACAAUGAUGACGUGUCAUCCAAUAGCAGUGAAGUGAUGCCUGCUACCCGAAAAUCAACAUCGGCAUCGACAUCACAGGAUUCACAGGAUGUUGCAGCUCUAAUUACAGAUCCCGACCUAAGUGAAACAUUUGUGCAGAUGCUCAAGAAAGCCAUUGGCCCAACUCUCACUGGGCACAGCAGGGUAGUACACGAUUUUGCCAGUCUACUUGAGAGCCUUAUGCAAUCCAUCCCUCUGACUUCAUGGCAUGAAUUUCAAAUAGAGUGCCUCAAUGUUGUACACAAAUUCAGCCAGCAGCCCCCGCAGCAGCAGUCCUGGCAGCCCCCACAGCAAGUACCCUGGUCGGCCCCUCACUCCUCCUGGCAGCCCCCAGAGCCUGCAGCGCCACACCCUUCCUGGCUGCCACCACAGACACUGCCACCCUCCUCCUGGCUGCCGUCACAUACCACAGCGACACAAGGGGGGAUGACGUCUGCAGGAGAUCAGCGUGCGCCUGCCCCAUCAGGUUCAGUGCCAGCAAAUGCAGGAGGACAAGACCCAGUAUAGGUCAGCUACGGUCAGCAUCAAGAAGUUUAGAUCCUUGAUUCUGAUUUAUUUUCCUGCUGAUGCAGAGGACAGCAUCAGGAGGAAAAUGAAUCAGAAUCAAGUUCAUCAUCCUCCUCCUGAGAGGACACAAAAUUAACAGACAUGCUGCACACAUUGUGAAUGAAUGACAAGGAUCUAUUUUAGUCGUGAUAUAAAACAAAU